CCCUAGCCUCUAUCUUCACCAAAAAGCCAAACACAAAUCAACCUGAAACCCUAAAAAAAUCCCAUCUCUGCAAAACCCUAACCUAACUCCUCCCUCUCGCUCUCUACGAUGCCUCUCGACGGGGCAGCGGUGGAUCGGGUGAAGGAGCGCCAGGCGGCGACGGGAGCCGGAAGCGUCGCCGCCAUCAACGGCAACGGCGUCGUCGUCGUCCAGGCGCACACCGCCAACAGGCUGCGGCUGAACCCUAGCUUGGACCACAAGCCCGACCGCUACGACGACCUGCAAUUGGACUUCAGCCCGCUUCUGUUCAGCUCUCUGGAGCGCUAUCUCCCGCCGGCCAUUCUCAUCUCUAGCCGCGAUUCCAAGGUUCAGUACAUGCGGGAAAUUCUCCUCAGGUAUUCGCCCGAGGGAGAACGAACCCGGGUCCAGAAGCACAGAGAAUACAGGCAGAAGAUUAUAUCAAACUACCAGGCAUAAAUUGUGAUAUGCUCUUUUCAUCUGUUUACAACAAACAAUAAAAAUGACAAGAAUGUGCACUGUUAUUGUUCAUGUUAAACAUUGAUGCUAUAAUAGUACCUUCACUGUGUGUAUUCCACUGAUUUUUUUUAAAUAUAGUUUCUACACAUUUAUAACAUAGGGUAAUACAUAUUUUUACAAGGGUAAAACUGGAAACAUUAUUGACCCAUAGACCCCAAAGGAGUUGGGAUUGUACAUGUUUAUUGUUUGGUUUUGGCUUGGUUUCCUAUCACAUUUAUGGGAUAUUGUUAUUGUAAACAAAACUGUUGAUAUGUUUUCCUGGUGGGCAUUGGAGAUGACAAUAUAUUUGCCAACAUAGUCAUAAAAUUGUAUUUUUUUUUUGUGCUUUUAUAAUUUAUCCACACACUUCUUGGUUUAGUAUAGAUAGUAUAGUGCCUAGUGUAAACUUUGUAUAGACUGUAUCUGACUAAAUCACUCUUCCAGCCACUACACAUUGAGUUGUACACGAUGCAUGCUACGAGUUUCUUUGUGCCCUCCUUUUUGAAGGCAAUCAAUGAAAGUUCUAUAGAAAGUUUCAAAAGUAUAAUGACGGAAGUUUCUGGUGUUUUUACCUUUGAGAUGCUGCAGUCUCGCUUCUGUGAAAUGCUUCUGGAAGAGGUUCUGAUUGGUUAGGUAGAAAAUUUUGAAAAGUGGGUCCAUGAAACGAAGUUCAUAAUCAUGAGGCCGAACACGAUGAACAAGUUUGGUGCCGUCCUUGAUGACUUUGGCAUGGAAAACGUGCUUGACAAGCUGAUGGAGGAUUUCAUUCGUCCUAUUUCCACAGCUUUCUUUCCAGAGGUUGGUGGGUCAACACUCGACACCCAUCAUGGCUUUGUGGUCGAGUAUGGAAUGGAUCGAGAUGUUGACUUGGGUUUCCAUGUGGAUGAUUCAGAAGUCACGUUGAAUGUGUGUUUGGGUAAGCAGUUCUCGGGCGGAGAACUGUUUUUUCGAGGCGUGCGUUGUGAGAAACAUGUAAAUACAGAAUCACGACCUGAGGAGAGCUUAGAGGUAAAACAUCAUCCUGGACGGGCAAUUCUUCACCGUGGUCGGCAUAGGCAUGGAGCUAGAGCCACAACAUCUGGCCAGAGGACCAACUUAUUGCUCUGGUGUAGAAGUUCUGUGUUUAGAGAGUUGAGGAAGUAUCAGAAAGACAAUUCCAGCUGGUGUACAGAGUGCCAACGCGAGAAGAAAGAAAGACAAUGCCAGUCCAUAGCCGCCACAAAAUUGGAACUACUGAGAAGAGAAGGGGAGGCUGCUCUAUAGUUGACUUAUGGGUCUGUUUGACUUUAUUAUAUAAUGUGUAUUUAUUUUGUUGUUUAAAGCUCCCUCUGUAAGAUAGGGCACAGUUAUCUCCGUGUCGAUAUUGGGGUUGUAGGAAUUGUAUACUCUUCAGCUGUACAUUGAAGCAAUGGAGUGGUUAUGUCCAGUUUGCCAACACAUGAAAGCGAAUAACUUGUCUUUAAAAAA